AUGUCUUCCCCCAACACCCGCCAGGAGGAGGAACUAUUCAUUCAACCCGAUGGUGUCCACGAUGAUCAGAGCGAUAGAUCGUCCUUGACAUCUUUGACAUCGUCGGUUUUGAGUGGCAUGGUUGAAGGAGGGAGGACUUACGCUGUCUAUGGCAAAGAAGAAUACGGCUUGCCCAUGGACGAGGCCGAACUCGACCGCAUCGACAUGUGCCACGUCAAGUACUGUGCGCUCAUCGAUAAAAACCGCUACUUGGCGCCCAUCUCCAACCCUCAAAAGAUCUUGGAUCUUGGUUGCGGCACCGGAAUUUGGGCGAUUGAAAUGGCCGAGGAGUUCCCCGGCGCUGAGGUCGUCGGCACCGACGUGGCCCCAACACAACCCGAGUGGGUGCCGCCUAAUUGCAGCUUUGAACUCGACGACAUCGAGAGGGAAUGGACGUGGAAGGAGAACAGCCUCGACUUCAUCUUCUCGCGGGACCUAUUGCUCGCUAUUCGAAAUUGGCCGGCCCUUAUUGAUCAAACCUACACCCAUCUGAAGCCUGGGGGCUGGGUUGAGUUCCAGGCCAUAGUCGGCCUCCUCGGGUGCGACGACGACUCAAUCGCCGAGGACAGCUACUUGCGCAAGUUCUCCGGCAUGAUGGAGACGGCGUCUUCCCAGUACGGCGCCAGCCUUACCGACCCCAUAAAAUGGAAGGGCUGGUUUGAGGAACGAGGCUACCAGAACGUCACCCAAAAGGUCUUCAAGCUGCCCUUCAACCCGUGGCCCAAAGACCCACGCAUGAAGCUUCUGGGUGCCUGGGAGAUGGAGAACCUCCUCAGCGGAUUAGAGGCCAUGGUCACGAGGAUGUUCCAGAAGGGCCUUGGCUGGUCAGACGAGGAGGUCGUCGUGUUUUUGGCGUUCCUGAGGAGGGAAGUGAAGAACCCGCGGAUGCACGGGUAUUGGCCCUACUACGUGGUGUAUGCGCAGAAGCCAGAGGACGCAUGA